ACGGCGCGGGUGUCACGUGAUGCGGGCGGGGCUGGAGGCGGGGCAGGAAGUGAGGACACGCCCAUCAGCUGUUGCUGUGACACAGAGACCCGGGAAGGGAGAGUGAGACACGGAGCGGCGGCUGCAGGACAGCUGUCCCCUGGGAAGGAGCUCCCUCACUAUGUGUAUGACCGGAGACUGCUGCGUGGCCUGUGGACUCCUUGACGCCUGGCCCCUAUAGCGAAGGAUGAACGGAGUAAGGAAGAAGAGGACUCGCAGUGGUGGGGGUGACAUUGAUGAUGACCUCUGCUGCUGCGAAUACAUAAACCGGAAGGGGGAGACGAGUCACCUGGCAGCCUGCCUGUGUGACUGUGAGGACGUGGACGAGGCCUGUGACAGAUGGAUCACCUGUAAAACGCUGCAGCCAGAGGUCUUGGCGAGGGUCAUCGAGACGGCUUCAGACCGCUGCCGCAUGCCGUGGUUUCGGGGUGCCAGGAAGCUGGACAUCACCAUUUUACCUCCGCUGAUCCUGCUGCCCGCCUCUCUCCACGUCGCUGCCUUCCACGUGCUCCUGACCGUGGUUACGCUCAGCUCCCUGCCGCUGCUGGUGAUCUGGUAUUACAGGCUGACGCACAGGCGCAAGGGAAAGACCCUCCUCUUCCUCAGCCUCGCCCUCUUCUCCCUGGGGUACAUGUACCAUAACUUUGUACGGGAGGUCUUUCUGAAAGGUCACAUAGGAUGGGGGCAUUUGACCACUGUCACGUGUGGUCUUCUGCUGACUCUUCUGUGUUUGGUGAAGGCCAAGAAGGAUCCCGGCUACCUCAACAAAAGCACAGAUAACCCCAGGGUGAUGUUGAGGGGGACAUAUAAUGCUUGGACGAAUCAGGACAAGGAGUCUCCUGGGGUCCAGGGGGAGAAGGGUCACCUGCUCGCCGAGAAAAACUGGUGCACCGCGUGCCAUCUGGUGAGACCUCCACGGAGCGGCCACUGCAGGAUCUGCGGGAGCUGCGUCCAGCGGCUGGACCAUCACUGUGUGUGGAUUAACAAUUGCAUCGGAUCUCAGAACCACAAGUUCUUCAUCCUGCUGCUGCUGGUUUUCCUAUUCACAUCCAUAUACGGGAUAAUACUGACACUUAGAGCAAUCUGCCGGGGCCAAAAUCUCCUCAGUGCCUUAUUCUACUGCCAAGGAGUCUACGCCAACUACAGCACAUCGUUUGCCUUCACCUGCGUGUGGUACUGCGCCAUCGUCACGGCCGGGAUGGGCUAUAUCCUGCUCCUACAGCUGCUGAACAUCAGCUACAACGUCACAGAGCGCGAGGCUCGCAUCGCUCUGCGGGAGAAGACCGGCCGACGGAGCCUCGGUGGCCUGGCUGUGGACACAGGGACCUUUAACAGGGGGCUGCUCCAGAACUGGCUUCACUUCCUGUCCCUGGACAGUCCGAGUGCGGAACACAACCUCUCGGACCUGGUGUGAAGGCCCCUCCUGACCUCCUCGGUGCCUUAUCUCUCGGCUAGGUGCACCUUACCUCCUGGGAGCGCUACACAUUCAUACUUCUAUAAAUUGUGUUUUUAUUUGCAGACAUCACAGAAACAUUUCACUGGAGCAAUGAAUAGAAGUGUUCCACCUUCCAGUCAUUUCUGCAUCUUGGGCAUUCCCUUAAAUUGCAUCCAGUGCCCACAUUCUAUUACCCCAUCCCCCCUCGUCAUUAGUAAUUCAGUAACCUCCCUUCCACCCCAGUACAGCAGCCUGUAAUGAAUGUGUAUGAUGCAGAGUGUAGGUAAGAGAUGAUGAUUAGGAUAACACUGCCAUAUCUACUGUAAUUGUAUCAUUCUAAUAUAAUAAAAGGGAUUUAUAAUAAAA